CAGUCCAGAACUGCAUGGCAGCUCCCACAGUGUAUGUCCAGCCUCUAACCAUCACUCCGGCAGGAGCUUGAAACUGAGAAACUGCCACUAGACCACUUUUUGCAGAGUCACUCAGUUGAGAGGACAGAUUUCUACUUUUUCUUUUUAAUUUUGUUUCAUUUUUCACCUGUUAUUAACUGCACUCUAGGGAAGGUUCAGUAUCGUCCUUCAAUUCCCUGACGAACAUUUAUACUGAGUUGCUUUAAGCGUUCUUUUGACCUUGUGGUGUAGAUUUUGACCAGAAUGCUGCUUCACUAAUUUGCUGCACAUGUUGGGAUUUAGUUGCAUUAAUGGGAUGAAAUACUAUUAUUACUACUACUAUUAUACUAUUUUCAUUCUGAACUCAUCAAAAUAUUCUGUAGGUGGAGAAGAGUCUAGAUGUUGUUACUCUGCACAUGUCACAGCUUAAACAACACAGCAAAGUGAAUGUUAGCCUUGUGGCUCUGUUGAAAUCUUCAAAGCAAUAAUCCCUGACGUCCUGCUUUCUUCUUUUUUUUCCGCACUACUACAUGAGGAGGAUGACAAGGGCUGUCAGAGAAACACAAAGCACUCAGGGUUGCGUGUUAGGAGCCGCCUGAGUGGCACCAAGCCUAACAAGAGCCCGGCAGGGUACCCGAGGCUCUGAUGCGUCCAGGUCGCCUUGACCGCAUCGUCUACGUGCCUCUUCCAGACGCUCCAACUCGUCGGGAGAUCUUUUCUCUCCAGCUCCGUAACAUGCCCGUGGCUCCGGAUGUUUCUGUUGAUGACCUGGUGACUCGGACCAACAAGUAUUCUGGAGCUGAGAUAGCAGCAGUAUGCAGAGAGGCUGCCCUCCUGGCCCUGCAGGAGGACAUCAAAGUGGAGCGCGUCCACGCCAGACACUUUGAAGGUGCGCUGGACCAUGUGAAGCCCCGGAUCCCUGACUCUCUCAUCCAGUCGUAUAUCAACUAUCAGCAGCAGCACAGCAGCAUGUGCUUCUUUUGACUCUGCUCCUGUUCACGAGGUCAAAAUAAGGAUGUCAUUCUAAUUUUGUAUUAGAAAAUAUAUAUUUUUUUGUCCUGGUCUGUUGGUUCAAUCACCAAUGAAGGGUUUCUAUGCCAUUAGUUGAUAAUAAAGCCUCUGUUUAUUAGCCAUUAGUUAUUGAUCAUCAAUAUUAUUGUUGUUUGAGUAUAUAAAUAUUAAUAAUGUAUUAAAUGCAUUAUUUAAGUCUU